CAAGGACGCCGACGAUCUCACCCUGGCCAAGGGCGGCAAGGCGAAGCACAUCGCGGACGACACUGCCGAGACCGCGGCACGGCUCGUUGGCUACUCGCAAGACGAGCUGGACCUAGAAGUCAGCAUCGCCACGCAGGGGGCGGAGGGCAAACCAAUCGUGCUGGGGCAACUUGGCAUCGACAGGAUUGGCGAGGACGUUGUUCGCCAGCCAGCGCGCGCUGUUCAGAGGCGGCUGCCAGUCCGCAGCGGCAGAUUGAAGGCUAUGGCGGAUCGUUCCCGCAGGCCCCAGCGAGCGAAAGCAUUGGGAGGGCAGAUCUGGAAGGUCGCCAAAAUCGCCUUCAAGCCUGCUGCAGCCAACUUCGGGCACAAGACCCUGGUCCACUCGCUGGCUGACCUCCAGCGAGUGCGCAGCAUGGUCAGCAGUGCGCUGCCAUGCAAGGCGAGGUUCAAGAGCAUGAUGUUCCUGCGCCUGGCCUGCUCGGUCGAGGACCUGGGCCCAGGAUGCCGCGCUGCGCCCAUUGGGGAGUGUGCGGCGCAAGCAUGGGAUGGCGUCGCUAGCCGCGAAACCCAGCGCGCGGCCUGGAGACGACAGCAGGCGUUGAGGGGAGACAAAACCUGGUGUGGAGUCAAGGGGCCCGCCUCCUCGGUCGUCCUUGCCACGCACGAGAUCGGAUUGUCGUGGCCAGCAUGGGGCACCUUCAUCCCGAGAGAUGGCAUCACCAUGGAUGUGCUCAACACUUGCCCGCGCGACGUCCGGGCGCAGGCCACAUGGGACGCUGAACGAGCCACGUGGGAACAAUGGGUGGCUGAGGACCCCGCCCGGCACGCCUUGCACCCGAUGCCGUUCGCGGAGCCCUUGCGCGAGGUUCGCUGCGCACAGAUCGGCAUGGUGCGUGGGCGUCGCAGCAGCAUCCAGAGCGGUCACAGCUGGCCCGUGGACGCAAGAGCGAGCGCAUGCCACAGGGUUGACAAGCGACGCGCGCUGCCAAGUGUGCCGCCAAGCUGGAGUCAAUACCCUCGGCUCCGCGCAUCACCGCCUCGGUCAGAGACGCGACCUCACAGGCUGGCCAUGCCACCGACGUGGCAGCACGCCAUCGCCAACAGCGAGAACAGGCUGCUGUUGGAGCGCGGCAUGGCGCCACACUCAGGAAUGCAGCGCCCUUUCCAGCCGCAAGAUAGCAUCGCCUUCCCGGCCAAUGCUGAAGGCGCGCACGUGCUCACCGGCGACGUCGCGACGGACAGCGCGCCGAAGGGCGACUGGCGCUGGCUGGGCCGCGCGGGCCGGGCAGCGCAGCAGGCGGCAGCGGAGGGUGCCGCCGAGGCGGUGGUCGGUGGCGUUGAAGCGGGGCGGGCGCGGUGCACGAGCUCGGCGAGGCCGACCGCGGACGUGCGGCACCGCAUCUGGCUCCAACUGGAGGGCGUUGGCAUUGGACCAGCGGGGGCGGUGCGCGGCACUGGCCAGCAGGGGCUCCGACAGGCGGAGCUUGCCGUCCGCGCCUUCGCCGCCAGACGUGCAGCCAAUGCCGCGGCGGCCGCAGGCGGCACGAUGCCCGCCCUUGCAGCUGAUGCCAAAUGA